AUAUGAGAGGUAGUCACUUGUUGCGCGCUCUGAAACGGACUUUCGGCUGGGGCAGGAGACAAUUACAGGUUGAUAAACACAAUGUGAUCCUUAUCACCGGCUGUGAUUCCGGUUUAGGUCACUCUCUGGCAGUAUAUUGUCACAAUGCUCUCCAAAUGACCGUGGUCUCCUGUUGUCAUAAUCUACAAUCCGAGGGGGCUCAACUCUUGCGGCAAAUGAACUCAUCCAAGGAGCCACAUCGGAUGCAUAUCUGGGCAUUGGAUUUAUUGCAGGCUGAAUCGAUAGAAUUGGUGCAUGAACAAUUGGUUAAGCUUCUGGAAACGCAUAAGGAUUAUCAGAUUAUGGCUUUGGUCAACAAUGCCGGAGUGAUGUGUUUCGGGGACUUUGAAUGGCAAACGCCAGAGCAAAUCGAGUUGCAAAUCAAUUGCAAUCUUCUGGGCACUAUGCGACUAACGAGGCAGCUAUUGCCAUUGCUCCGUCGACAGGGUGGCCGAAUCAUCAAUGUGACAAGUCAUUGUGGAUUGCAGGCUCUGCCCUCCUUGGCUCCGUAUGCCGCCUCCAAGGCCGCUCUCCGCUCGUGGACAGAUGCUCUGCGCAUUGAAUUGCAGCCACAUGGCAUGGAGGUGGUGAAUUUUAUACCCGGCUCAUUUGUAAUGGCCAGCAAUAUAGCCGCUCGCCAGCAGCAGCAAGCCCAGCAGAUGCGCGAGAACUUCACCAGGGAACAACAUGACUACUACGAUGGAUAUUUUGAGCGUUUUCAUGGAUAUCUGAGAAUUCUUUCCGGCUUUAAGGCCCCAAAUCAAUUGAGGGAUGAAGAAUUGCUCAGUAAAUUUAAAGACGCGCUCACCAAUGUGCAACCUUGGACCAUUUAUAUACAUGAACCAUGGCGUUAUAGGAUCUAUCGAUAUCUAUUUUGGAUUUGCCCUGCUCCCCUGGUCGAUUGGCUAACCAUACGAUUCUGCGCCAUGCCCACAUUUGAGGAUAGCAAGUAAUAGAGAUUAGUUAGUAGGUCUAGGUUUACAUUUAUUUUUAGUUUACUGGAAAUACUUGGCUAGGGACUUGUGGCUAAUAUAUGUAUAAAUGUUU